GCCCCGCCCCGCCCCCCGCUGCCUGCUGCCCUCCGCCGGCGGGGCUGGGGUUGGUUGAGCCGAGCUGGCGGUCUCGGGCUCUCGGCCUUUGGUCUGUGCGUGGGCCCGGAGCCGCGGGGAGGAGCUUAGGCUCGGCCCGGUCCGGUCCGGCCCGACCGCCAGCUCCGCGGUCCCGCCCCUCCGCAGGGCCCUGCCCUCAGGCUGCCCCGUUGCAGGUCGGCUCUCUCGGCUCGACGAUGCCCUCCAACAAAUCCGUGUCGGACGCUCCCAUCGCGCAGUUCACCAACUGCCGGCUCCUGCGGGGCAGCCGCCUGCAGCGGGAGGACCUGUGGGUGCGGGAGGGGAAGAUCCUGAACCCCGAGAAGCUCUUCUUCGACGAGAAGGGUUCUGCCGACGUCCGGCUGGACUGCAAGGGCUGCAUCCUCGCCCCGGGUUUCAUCGACGUGCAGAUCAACGGAGGCUUUGGGGUGGACUUCUCUCUGGCUACAGGUGACUUCGGAUCAGGGAUUGACCUGGUCAGUCAGAAGAUACUCUCCCAUGGAGUGACCUCCUUCUGUCCUACCCUGGUGACAUCCCCUCCAUCUGUGUACCAUCAGAUUCUUCCCCAGAUCAGUGUAAGAGAUGGUGGAGCUCAUGGAGCUGGUAUCCUGGGGGCUCACCUGGAAGGGCCAUUCAUCAGCAAAGAGAAGAGGGGGGCACACCCAGAGAACUACAUCCGCACCUUCGAGGAAAAUGCCUUCCAGGACUUGCUUGCUAUGUACGGAUCCCUGGACUGUGUCCGGAUUGUCACCCUGGCCCCAGAGAUAAAGAGGAGCAGUGAGGUGAUCCAGGAACUCACCAAGCGGGGCAUCUGUGUCUCACUCGGUCACUCCGUGGCUAAUCUCUCCCAGGCUGAGGAGGCUGUGCAGCACGGUGCUACCUUCAUCACUCACCUCUUCAAUGCCAUGUUGCCGUUCCACCAUCGUGACCCUGGGAUCGUCGGGCUGCUGACAAGUGAUAAGAUUCCUGCUGGACGGAGGGUCUUCUACGGCAUGAUCUGUGAUGGCAUCCACACCAACCCUGCUGCCCUGCGAAUCGCCCAUCGAGCCCACCCCAAAGGCAUGGUGCUGGUGACAGAUGCUAUCGCGGGCAUGGGGCUGCCACCAGGUCGGCAUACGCUGGGCCAGCAGAUGGUGGAGAUCGACGGGCUGAAUACCUACAUUGCAGGCACUAAGACCCUGAGCGGUGGUGUGGCGACCAUGGACACGUGUGUGCGACACUUCCGGGAAGCCACAGGGUGCUCAGUAGAGACUGCACUGGAGGCAGCGUCUCUGCAUCCCGCCCAGCUCUUGGGGAUUGAAGACAAAAAGGGGACCCUGGAUUAUGAUUCUGAUGCAGAUUUCCUGAUGCUGGAUGAUAGCCUGCACGUGCAAGCCACAUACAUCGCGGGCGAGGAAGUCUGGAGACGGGAUGCAUUAGGAGCCUCAUACCAAAGAGUUGUGUUUUCCAGCGCAACCACUGCUUCCAGUUACAGCCAUGCCUGCAAUGACUUUUGUUGGUGCUCAGUUGGUGGAGUGGGGAGAGCAGGCAGAUCUGUGCUGGGAGGGUUUGUCGAUCUCUGGAGAGACCUGAAGGACUGCACAGCUGUCUUGUUUGGAGUCCCCAGACAGAGGUGCUCACAUGUCCAUCUCCCAGCGGUGUGAAGCUGCCCCAGCCUUUGCACUGUGUUAUACAGCACACACAACCUGCCUGUGCCCAAGGCAGACUCAAGCCACGUCCAUCCCUCUCCAUGCUGUUUGUCUUGCUCCUGGGCAGCUCUGGCUGGCAGGAUGUCAGCGGCCACUGGUUCGGCUCGCAGCUCUUCACAUUGCAAAGUUCCUGUUGUGUCGGUGGAAGCUGAGGACCACGUUCUGACCCACCAGUCCUCCCUCUUGUGUUCUCUGGAGCGAGGCUGGUGCAGCUCACUGACUUGGUGCCGUUACAGGGCUGUGAAUCGGUGUGGGCUGAAUCCUCAGGGCAGAGAUCAAAUCCAGGAAAACGAGGCAUUGCUGUCCUUUGUGCCUUUUUCUCUGCAUGGGCGUGGAGCCCACAGCAUGUGAUUUUGUCUGCAGACACGGACGCCGUCAUGCCACCUGGAAGGCAAAGUUCCUCUCAGCUCUGCGUGCUGCCUGGCUGGGUUCUGCAGCCUCAGAACAGAGCCCCUGCCUCCUCCAGCCGUGGCUGCAGCCCUCAGGCUGCAGAGAGGAUGUUUGCUUUAGGAGUGCAUCCAGAUGGGCAGCUCAGGGCCCGUGGCUUAUAAGGGAGAACAGCAGACAGGUUCUGGCCUUUCAAUAGCUCAUUACUCCUGUGCUCAUUAUUGUUUUAUUCAGUAUUUGGCUGUCAGCUCUUUCCCUGACGUUUGGGCAUUCUGGGCCAGGACUGACGUGGUUCCAGAGCUUCCCGCAGCCAGCGGGGCCUCGUGUUGCGUCCCGCCUGCUGCCAAGCCCCCAGCGCCGCAUGCAUCACGUUUGCAGCCCCUGGGCUGGGGCAAUGCAGGAGCGGCACCGCACCUCUCGGCUGCCGGGUUCGGGGGGGAGAAAAAAAAGGAACAUGAAUAAAAAUUGUCAUAAAAAGAAAA